GUCGGUAGUGAGCUAGAGCACCAUGGCGCCCACAGCGGGACAGAACACCUCGGCCUCCACCCACCAGCAGACGAGAAAUGGCACCAAAGUGUUCAGGAUUGUGGUGUUGGGAGGGUAUUCUGUAUAUUUGCUUGUCUCUGUGCUUGUACUGAAUUUGGUUGAUCUUUACGAGGAUGCAUAUCAGAGACAAGCUGUUAUUGAUGGAGACUUGCUCGACAUACUGGACACAGCAGGCCAGAUUGAAUUCACUGCCAUGCGAGAUCAGUACAUGCGGUGUGGUGAAGGCUUCUUGAUCUGCUACUCUCUGACUGACCGUCGAAGUUUUGAAGAGGUGGCUGGGUACCGGAAGUUGAUUGCAAAAGUGCGCGGUUCUUCUAUUCCCAUUGUGUUGGGGAAUAAGGUUGAUUUGGAUGAUCCAGUGCACAGGAAGGUCUCGACUGAAGAAGGGCAAGCCUUGCAGUCCAUGGGCUGUCCCUUCUUCGAAACAUCAGCUGCUUUGAGGCAAUAUGUCGAUGAUGCAUUCCACAUGCUUGUACGGGAAAUUCGUCGCAAGCAGAAGGAAGCAGCUGGAGGCGAGAAUCAGGGCAGGAGCCGGUCUCUCUCACGUUGGAGAAGGUUCAAAAACAUAUUCCUGUGGAUUUUCCGGCGACCUCGGUAUAAGUAAAAGCAAAAUCAGAUGUCACUAACAGGGAUUGAUGAUUUAGAGCUUACAGGUAUAUAGGGUUAUACAAUGUGGUUCUUCCAUAAGUGCUUGUGAGAGUAUGCCUAGUGCCAUAAUAAGAAAUACAUGAGAGAAAGUAAGAAAAGAGACUUCUCAAUAGAUCUAGGAAUCUUUGCGUAAUUCAUUCAAGUUCCACAGUUCACAUGCUGUGCUUCAUGCCAGAGGGAAAUUACCAAAAAGAGAAACAAAUAGAAAUGAAAAUAAAAUGAUUUGCUCAUUCAUCACGGAGAAGACAUUGAUUUUGUGGUAUGCUUUUUGUAUGGGAAUGUUAAACGUAGAGUUAGAUUCAGAAUAAGGGGAAGAGGGUUUAUACUGACAAUUUAUAUGAAUGUAUGAAUUUUUAUUCUCUCUCUCUUACUCUGUGGUAUUGUGAAGGAGAGAAUGAACAUAGAUUUAUUGAUUGUAUUAUGGCAUAUGAGAUGUAGUAAAAAUUUUUGCGCAAAAUUAAGAGGUGAAUGGAGAUGUGAUAUUCUUCAUUUAGAUUGUUUUUUCAACCAUCAGGACAUCUUAGGAUUAUUCUUAUAGAAAAAAAGAAUAAGUUUCAGACUUACUCUAGAUCUAGAUCACAGGAGAUAUUUAACAAGUAUGUAAGAUCCUUCUUUAUUCAUUUCCAAGUUUUUAAAAAAAACAAGACUUUUUGAAAGGAGCAAGGUGCUGUCUUUUUUACACUGUAUAUACCAAUAGGCCUUAUCAAGGGAAUUAUUAUAUGAUACCAUGUUCUUGUGCUUUUAAUGCCAGUGUGAUGUAAUAUAUAUAUGUAAAUAAGAGUGAUACACUGCCUGGUGUUGGCCCGUGUUAAAAAUGUUUCACUUACACAUCCGGUUGUAGUAGUUAGCAAUAAGCAUCCGCGGCGUAUAAAACAACGAAAUUCUACUGGAAAUAUUAAAACACUCACUCUCGAGACAUGGGUGUUAGGAACAUGUUCUCCUUGGUAUUCUACAGCAGUAUUCUGGUAUGAGCUCCAACGUCUCCACUCAGAUGGGGCAUGGACGGACAGUUAGGUGUGUGACUGGCAGCGGUACUUAUGCCGUAAUUGAGGUGUAGAAGAGUUUUGUGUUGGCAAUGAUAUCGGAGUCUCAUUUUACGGUGUAGAAAGAUGACCAGAGAUAGGUCUUGGGAGUUAGAUUUUAUCUCUGCUUUGCCCUUUUAUUUUAAUUUAUUCAUUUGUUUGAUUUUCUUGUGAUCACUUACAGCAAGCAAAGAGUUGCUACUUAUUUUUUAAUAUAUAUAUUAAUUUUCAGUUAGGAAGUCCAGCAUAUGCUAAGUUUGAGAGACUGGUUUUGAUAAUAAUCUUUAUUACACGUGGCUUAGCACACACUCUCUCUUGCUCUAACAUGAACAUCGUAUUUUGCCUUUGAGAUCUGUGAGAGGAAAUUAAUGAUUGUUUUAGUUGAUCUAUAUCUUUAUGGUGAUUAUGACUUUCUGAUAUGUAUUAUAUUGUUAUUUCAGACAUGUAUUAAGGUAGAAAAAUGUUAUAUAAGAAGGUAUAUAUGUGAUAUUUCUAGGGAAAUAUGAGAUUUGUAGAUGU